AUGGAUACAUUUGACAUAAAACUUGAGAAGAGAAACGCAAUCUUGAAGCAUCGUCACUUGUGCAAGAUAGCAAACUUGUUCAGGUUUGUUGAGGUUUGUGUUGUUCUGGUAUUAAUCUCCAGGUUCACAACUCAUCUCCCAGUAGCUGUUAAAAAUUCUGGUGAGUAUUUUCGGGGCUUCUCAGUUGUUCUUGUGAGCCCUCACUUUGUGUUCAUCCUUGGGAAUGCUAUAAUCAUCACUCUCUUUGCAAAGGCUGGGCAGUUUUCAGCUCAAGAUUCCACUUCAGGAACUGAUCUUUACGAAGAAUUUGUUGAGAAGAGUGAGAAAAGUCAGGCAAUUCAUCGAUAUGAAAUCGAAAAACAAAGUAAGAAGAGUGUAACUGAAGAGAAAAUAAUUGUGCAUACUUACAAUGGAACAAAAAAUUAUAAAAAAACUCAAUCAGAGAACCUUAAGCGAGUGAACUGCAAUAAAGCUUGCCAGCAACUCAGGACAUUGGAAUCAGAGAAGUACAGAAAACCCAAUGAGUCUGAUAAGAAAAUGGUGAAAAAUUCAAAUCCUGAAGAUGGAAUGAGCAGUGAGCAGUUUCGCAACACCGUUGAGGCUUUCAUUGCCAGGCAAAAAAAGCUUCUAGGGGAAGAAGAGUACUCGGUGAUAUGGAAAGGUUCAGAGUGA